CCGUUUCGUUCUCUUCCAUUGACGUCCCCUUCGUGAGCCCCAUAUUGGAGUCUCCCUCAGUAAAGCACGGAUGGUGAUCGGUCGACUCCAGCGCUUCCUCCCCCGCCUGUCGGGGAUCUUCUGGAUCGCUCUCUCAGGAAUUCUAACACAUUGCACGUGGGUAGCAGCUGAAGAAGAAUGUUUAUUUUCAAGAAUAUGGUGCUAUGAAUGUGAUACGUGGUCUGACCCAAGAUGUAAAGACCCUUUCAAUGCAACAGCUCAUCCUCAAGAUCUCCCCCCGCUGAAAAGAUGUGAAGGAUGUUGUGUAAAAAUAGUUAUGAAUCAAGGCAUGGCAACUGAAGUGGUUAGACGGACGUGCACCUCCAAUCUCCAAAUCAACCUUUUCUUGGUAGAUCAUGUAUGUAUGCUAGAAUCUGAAGGAAAAGGCCUCAUGUGCUUUUGUGAAAGUGACGCAUGCAACUCAGCGACCCUUGUUCAAAUUACAUUGCAGCUACUUUUAGGUGCCUUCUCAUUCCUGAAUAUCUGUAAAAUUAUUCUCACUUAGUCACCAACUAUAACUUAGUUAAACAAUUUAUCGUUUGCUGUAUAUCAAACAGUUCCAGAACCAGUGAGACCCUCUCAUCAAUUCAAAAACCGCCGUAGAUUAGUGAAAUCUGUCAUAAACAUACCAUUUAUGACUAAUUUUUUUUAAAUCUAACUUGAAAUUCUGAAUUUUCAAAUGUGUCUUCAACAUUUCUUAAAUGGUGUAAAAUCUUUUAUGGUUCAUCCUAUUGGAGAGCAGGAUUUGCAAACACGGAAAAAGAAUGUCGGCGGUCAAUUACGCGAAUUUUGAAGCGGUUUUGAAAUUAAAGUAAACAUGAGACGUUAUUGUAGAGAUAACUUAGUCUCGAAAAGCAAUAUGUGAGGUUAAAACUGUUGCGACGACAGAACGAAAAUGGCAUACCAAGUAGCACACUUGAUGCUGCUUGUUAAAGCAGUUGCUCAAAGUCGAAGUUCGCUAGCAGUUCACUUCAUUAAUACAAAUAUAUUAUUCAGUUACAUGUUAAAGCCUAUAAUUACGAUGUUAUUGCAAUUUCGAUUCUUAUGCGCACGUGUUAAUAUUUAUAAUGUAAACAGCAAAUCAAUGUAAGUCACAUACGUAAAAUAUAUGUUCCUCAAAUAGUUUAAAUAGGCAGCUAAUAGUAUCGGCUGAUAAUCAUGAUUGAUAUUUCAGUAACGAAGUUUUCAUUAAAAAAAGUAGUAAAUAUUAUAUUGUUAUAAGGAAUAAAUAACAGAAAUGAAAUUUUGUACAUCGAAGGGAAAAAAAAAACCCAUUUUUAUCUAAUUCUCAUAACUUCCACCUUAAAAGUUGUUCCAAGUUAACCACAAAACAAUGAAAAUGAUUUGAUAAAUAUAUAUUUUAUAUAUUUUUAAAUUUGUUUUAAAUAUAUUUUUAAAUAAUUAAAUUAUAAAAAGCAAUAAGAUCUAAUGAUUUGCAUCAGAUCUAUUAAUAAAAAUAGCUUCAAAUAUCCGACGAAAUGGAAAAUUUCCUGAUAAACUACUCUUCCCUAAAAUAUAUAUACAAUAAAAAAUGGAAACAAUCAGAAAUCGACAUAUUCCGAAGUCAUUAAACUUCUUUAUGUUUUAUAUCCAAUAAGGAAUAAAAAUCUUGGACUAAUUAUAUUAGAAACGGUUUUCCAUUGUUAUGCAUAAUCCAAUAUUCUUAUGAGUUUUACAAAAAUACAUUUUUUUUAAAAAAAUUUUUACUUUGAGAAUACAAAGGGUAGACAAACCAAUCAGCAAUAAUUCCUACGUUAAUACAUAUCAAAUUCAAUUACGAUUCUAGCAAUACUCUUAUGUCGAGCUACACAGAAAUUGCAUCUCCAGUUAUUCCAUACACGAUCUAUGUUAUUAUAAUUUAUUUAAAUGAAUAACGUUAUAUUAUUAAAGCUCUCCAAAUAAAUUAACAUUCGUAUCGUAACAAAAGUAAUUUAGCGAUUAAAAAUAAACCUAUAUCGGAGGUUACAAAACGUAAAUAAAACUGCUCAGUGGAAAUAAUAAAUGCAUUAAAAAAACUCUUUCAAUAUAUUUAUAUCAAUAAGCAGAAUUUUUUUAACUCUCAAAAUAUUUAAAAUAUUAUAAACCUCAAAACUUAAAUUAAAAACAAUACGAGAUGAUUUGGGGGGGGGGGAUUGGUGAGCAAUAUAAAAGUAUCAUGAAUAAAAAGUAACCUCCGUUAAACACAUUUCGCAUCUCCAAAAUCGAGCUUAAACAUUAGUCUGCAAGGAUCUGAAUUCGAGAUUAUGAAUGAAUUUGGAUUGUUUAUUAUUCUUUACAAAAGCUGAAAGAAAGGCCUUAAAUUAGCAUUGCAAAAGAAAGAUAUUUUAUCAGCUGCGUAUUCAGUAAAAGAGAAAUGUCAUUAAAUCUUUUUCAAUAGUAAUGAUAGUAUACAUUUUACAUCUUCACGUCACCUAUGAAAUUUUUUCAUGCUAUCAAAAAUUGAUCAACUACUCCUAUUACUUCAACAAAAUUAUUUCUGAAGAAGUCGUCUGUAAUUUUAUACGAGACAUUUAAAUGAGAAAACUAUUAUUUUGCGGAUGUAAUUCUAGGGUAGUGUUGUUAUAUCUUGAUAGUUAAUAUAUUAUACAAAUUUUGCUAAUUAGAUUGUUUAUCGUGGUUCUUUGUGACAAAAAUUAGAUAUCCAUAUAUUCAAUAUUCUUUCAUGUUUUUAUAUGAAAUUCAAACAUACAUAAUUAUAAUCGAAUUAAAUCUCAAAUCGCAUUUCAAGAAUGCAUCGCAUAAACGCGUUAGUUGUGUAUACUGUUUUGACAACAUUUAAUCUUCAUCUUUCUAAAUAAACAUAAUUUGUAUUUGCAAAGGAUUAAUGGCAAUAAUAAAGGAUUGCAUGAAGCAAUACGGAUAUGAGGCAAUACUUCAAAACUAUACAUAUCGUUUCUAGGAAAUCGUAUCUAUUAAAUCAUCUUGGUUCUAUUUUGUUUGCGAUACUAAGUGUCAAUUUUCAAUUGUUGGCCCAUUUUUGGCUAUUAUGCUUUAUGGGAAAAUGAGAGUUGAAAUAAUUUCCACUCACGUUUUAAUGGAUGUUCUUCCAUUCAUAAUCAAUAUUUCUAAGCAAUAAAAAGGAAAUAAUCUUGGAAGAAUUCUUUGACGAAAUACAAACAUUCGUGGUUUAUAUACAGUAUACAGCCAGAAAGACAAACUCGAUUUCAGCGCAAUAAUUUUCAUAAAAAAACUAACUAGUUAUUGAAUAACUGAUGUCCCUAGUAGCACACAAAUAUUGUGCAAUAUUGUAUGACACUGAUCAAUAUUCGCAAUAUUGUAAAAUAUUGAUUAAUAUCAUAUAAUAUUGUACAAUUUGGUGCAACAGGCUGUGCUACCUGGGGUAUCAAUUACCAUAUACAAUACAGCUGAAAUGAUAGUUAAGACAGUGUCUAUGAUAGCGCUAAAAAUACAAUUAACUAUUGAGAUAUAAAUGCUAAAAUAUUAUCGUGCCAAUAAUCUAGAUAGGUAUACAGAAUCUGUUUUCUGAAUAAUGUUAGCACGACGGAUAAUUACUUUCGGUAUUAAAAGUUCCCCAAAUCAAAACCAUAUGAUAAAAACAUUCUUCUUGUCCGUUGGAUUGCAUUUAAAUACAGAAAGGAAAAAUAUUAAAAUACUGAACUGAUUAUGCAAAGAUGAUUGGUUCUAUUAAUCAAUCAAAUGGUGAAAAAUUUUCAUAAAAUUAAUGUAAGUAAAUAUAACAUUUGCAUGGAAAUUAAUCAUUGUCCCUUUCAACAUAAACGGGAUUAACACAAAAAAAAAUAUUUUAGAACUGAAUUGAUGAGAGCAGAAACAACAUAAACUUAAAAUAUUUUGAAACUGUCUUUGCUUGUUCUUAUCGAGGACUGCAUAAAGAAGCUAUGUUAAUCCGAUUAAUAUUUUAAAAAGACAAUUAAUUUGACCAAAAAACCUCCCAUAAAUUCUUGUAAACAAAACUUUCCCGAAAGAAAAAAAAAAAAAAAACUUAGGCCAGAUUAAAAUAGUUGUUCUUUAUACCACAAUGAUGAAAUUAAUUAUUUUUCGCAUUUUUUAUGAUUAUUUAUUUAGAUAGCCCAACAAACGUUUUUAGCAAGAAAUCAUCAAACGGCUUCUUACAAAAAAUAUAUAUAUAAAUUCCUUUCUUCCCAAUCUCUCAUCUUUUAAAAUGAAAAGACAUUUGUCAACUAUACCAUCUAUUGUUCAGAAGAAAAUUUUUGUUAGAAUUAAAAGUUUGGCUUAGCUGCCCGCAAGUAUUUUACGUUGAUUUGUUAGAUUAUUACGAAUUCUAAACACUUAAGCAGAUGAGGAGUUGAUAUCCAUUUCAGUAAAAUAGUAUAAAAAGAAUCUUGAAUUAGAAUAAAGGUAGAAUGUGAUUACUGAAUAAGUUUCCACGAAUCUCAAAUACGCAUUUUAUUCUAAUUCACAUCAAACAUAAAAUUCACAUAUUAACACAUCAAACAUAAAAUUAUCAAUGAGAUGUAAAUGAAAUCCAAUGUACUAUGAGAUGUAAAUGAAAUCCAAUACUACAUUCUAAUAACUAAAUAGUCAAUAAUGAGGAAUUUUCUAAAUGGAGUUAAAAGAUGAAAAAUGGUGCAAAUGUCUUUCCUUAAAAAAUAAUUACAAAACCGUAUUUCUUAAACAAAAAACGUACGGAAAGUGCCGACUCGUGUAUAACAAUUUCUUUUCAAUCGUAUUAAAUAGAAGCUAUAAAUUAUUUUUCUUCCAUUCCUGAAAAUUGAAUGACUUCGUUCAAAACUUUUUUAAUGCGGGUGGAAUACAUUCAGUACAAACCUGAAGAAACCUAGAACGACACAUAAAUUAAAAGACUUCAGCGAAUUAAAAUCUUUGUUUAGUAAAACGCAAUGGUUCCUUUAAAUCAAUGCUUUAUAACCAUCAUUAUUUCCUAUAGAUUUUUGAAACUUUUAUGGCGCAAGUAUUCGUAUAAUCCGAAUGAUCUUAAAUAUAACUACAUACACAUGUCAAAAUUAUUGUAUACUAGCCGCCUUUGGCGACCAGCCGGUUCGCCAAACUUAAUGAUUGUUAAAAUUUUAAUAAUUAAAUAUUUUAUGUAACUCCUAAUUUAAUAGCUUCUUCAUCAAAAUAUUUUAAAGCUUAAAAUUCUGAUAGUUAUAUAAUUCUUUCAUAAUAUCAUAAAGGCCUUCAGCCAUAACGUAAUAUGUAUCUCUCUAAUUUUCUGUUAGCUCCCGUAGAAUUUAUGCUUUAAAUUAAAGUAGAAAUGGUUAAAUUGUAAUUAAUAUAAGAACAUUUAUUACUGAAACGAAGCAAUUUUUUUUAAAUAUGAGUACUGAAAAUAGAGUCGCUGAGUAUUUAAACCUUAUGGGCACUUAAGAAUAUCUUUCUUAAUUUAUGUAAUAUCUCAAGAAGUUUUCUACAAAAUUUUCUCAGAUUCAUCAUGAACAGAUAAAUUAAUUAACAAUGUUUAGUUUUAAAUGCAUGAAACUCUAAGAAAAUAAACAGAAUCGUUUGAAAUAAUCGGCCAAAAAUAAGUUAAGCCUAUUCUCGUUAGCGUGGGGGGAAAAAACGGAAGCCUUACUCAUUUGGCGGUGGGGAAACGAAAAGAUUUUUUCGCGGGAGAGUUAGUUUUUAAUUAAUAAAUUAAAAUUCUAAUUAAAAUUUGACCCCCAGGUGCACAUUUCCGACCUCCAAGGUAUGCAUGUGCCAAAUUUGGUAGCUGUAGGUCGAACGAUCUGGUCUGUAGAGCAUCAAUACACACACACACACAUACACUGACCUUUACAUAAGCAUAGAUUACAUUAGAAUCAUAAAUGACUAAUCUAAAAAUAGCCUAGCGAAAUGAAUAAAAUAUUCCAUCGCAUUUUCAAAUUUGAUAAGAAUAAAAUAAUCAAUACUGUAGUAAAAUAAUCUAAAUUCAAAAUUCUUGUCCCAAACAUACAUACGCGUUUUGUCCUAAUAAUCGUUAUAUAAACAAAUUUCUGAUAUACUAUGAACAAAACAGAAAAUUAAUAGCUAAUUGCAUUUAAUUCUAGCUUUUAACAGAAUUUCGAAAUACUCUAAAAUUAAUGCCUCAUGAGCAUUGAUAAUUUUAAAUAACAAUCAACUUCUUUAUCAAAUGGGUCAUUUCGCAAAAAUUGACCUCAAAAAACUUUAUAACACGAGUCUUAGGUCUCCGAUAAAUUGCUUCUAGCAUUAAUUGAUAAAAAUAUUGAAAAGUGAUCACUAAAUAUAUCCUAUUUUGUGCAGAAAUGUGUGUUAAAUUUAACUUGUAAAAACUUUAGGUAGGAAAAGAGCCAAAAAAUAUUUUUGUAAAAAAAUAUAAAUUAACAGAAAAUGACUAUUCAAAUUUGAAGUAGGAUGUUGAUGUACAUAAAACAAAGUAAAGAUUUUUAAGCAAUUUGUAUUCAAAAAGUGCAAAGUAAAUUUGUUGAUUAGUUUUAGAAGUUUUAUAAUUUGCUCCAUAAAGAAAUUCAAAAAUAAUUUUCAUAUUACAUUUUAGAUAAAUUUACGGAAAAAUUUAUUUUAUAUCCAUUCCUUCCAAAAAGUGAAGUAAAACCAUUUUUCCACUCCUAAAUAAAAGCAUUUUGAAUGCACAUUUAUAAUAAAUCUUCAAGUAGUUUUCAUGGCUUUGAUUUCAUAUGCUAAUCAACUUUUUUACAAUAAGCAUGUCGAAUACAUCAAGAGACCCCCUUUCUUUCUUACUAGGUUCUUUUAAAAAAAAAAAAAAUGUUUUUAUUUGUUACUAAUAUAAUGGUCAAUACCAUUUUUAUCUCAUUUUAUCUCUCAGAAUUUAGUUAUGCCACUUGUACAAAUUAUCAAUGAAUUAAAAAAAUAACUUUUGAAGGGUGUAAUUAUUUAUAAUGUUGUUACUGUAUUAAGUGUACAAAGUGUUCAUUGCCAAUAUUUGUAAAAUUUAUAAAUCGAUUUAUUUGAUGCAUCUGCAUCAUUUAAAUUAUGCUAGUUAAUAAAAAUGUUUCAAUAUUUUA